UUUUUCCUUUCAGAAACUGCAGAAUGAAGGAACAGAAUAAUACAACACUAAUGACAACAACAGAAAACUAUGAGGACUACAAAGACACAACUUUUGAUUAUGAACAUUAUGAAGAACUCUGUGUAAAGCAUGACAUCCGGAGGUUUGCUGAAGUAUUCCUCCCAGUUUUCUAUUCAGUGGCAUUUAUUCUUGGAGUUGCUGGGAAUUCAUUAGUAGUUGCCAUAUAUGCCUACUAUAAAAAGAUGAGGACCAAGACUGAUGUGUAUCUAUUGAAUCUAGCAGUGGCAGAUCUGUUGCUGCUUUUCACCCUUCCUUUCUGGGCUGUGGAUGCAUCAAUUGGGUGGAAAUUGGGAAACGCAAUGUGCAAGAUAACUGCAGCUUUGUAUACUAUAAACUUCAGCUCAGGAAUGCAAUUCCUGGCUUGCAUUAGCUUGGACAGAUUCUUUGCAGUGACCAAAGCAUCAAGCCAACAGAAUUUCAAAAAACGAUGCUGGGCAAUCUGUAUUUUUGUUUGGACCACUUCCCUGAUGCUGAGCAUCACUGAUUUAUAUUUCAGUGAAGUGAAGGAGCACAAUGGCAAACAUGCAUGUCUUCCAAUAUAUCCAAAAGAUUCUGUAAAGGAAGUUACAGCCUUAAUUCAAAUCCUGGAGAUUGUCUUCUGUUUUGUAAUACCUUUUUUAAUCAUGUUGUUUUGCUACACGGCAAUGGCCAAGGUUCUUCUAAAGACUCCAAACAUUAAAAGGUCAAGGUCCCUCAAGGUAUUGCUGACAGUAGUAGGAGUCUUUCUGAUCACCCAGUUUCCAUACAAUGUAACCAAAUUAUGGAGAGCCUUGGAUAUCAUAUAUGGACUGAUUACAAGAUGUGAGACCAGCAGAACCAUUGACUUAAUGAUGCAAGUGACGGGGAGCAUGGCCUUAUUUCACUGCUGCCUCAACCCAUUACUAUAUGCAUACAUGGGGACUACAUUUAAAACUUACAUAACUAAAACUGUAAAAAGAUUUAGCUCUUGGAGAAAACAAAGAACUGAAAGUGUGGAGGAGUAUACCAUGUAUUCUGAAAGCCAUGUGGAAGAAACCAGUAGCUUCUCCAUCUAA